AUGCUGCCAGUCAAGUGGAUGCCGCCAGAAGCUUUCAUGGAGGGAAUAUUCACAUCCAAAACAGACACAUGGUCGUUCGGGGUGCUGCUGUGGGAGAUCUUUUCAUUGGGCUAUAUGCCAUACCCCAGCCGGAGUAACCAGGAAGUGCUGGAGUUUGUCACCAACGGAGGACGGAUGGAUCCACCCAAAAACUGUCCUGGGCCAGUGUGA